AGUUUCUCGUGCGAAGCUGUUGUAGACCACCUCCGUCACUCCUUUGGAUAUCCGAGGAAAAGUCGAUUGUUCUUCUUGGAGAAAGCGAAUAUAAGUAAACAAAUCAUAGGGCUUAAUAGCCGCGAACGAAAACAUGCCAACUUGUUCCUCACCAGCUUCAAAACCUUUGCGCGACACCAGCCUCCAUCCAGCAGGUCCGGCUGAACAAGGUCCAGACGAAACUACUGCGCCCGGCCUUUUUGGUAUUGCGCAGAGCAAUGUGGCCUCUACUUGUGCCAUGAUAGCUCGUACGCCGCCUCAGAUGAAGGAAGAUAGCGCUUCACCUACGUCCUCGGGAAUUUCGUACCCUUCUCUUGGGAAUUUAGCACCCACCACUUGGGAAGCGGCGCUUUUGGGUUUCGUCGCCGAGAAGGUGCAAGCGGUCCAGGAUACCUACGAUGGAUCCCACGACUUCGCGCACAUCGUCCGCGUCGCGCGCCUCCUGGAAACGCUUUUGGAGCGCGAGGACGCUGCGGUGGCGGGAUCGCCACGUGGUCUUGGCGCGACGGCCGCGCCAGAAGGAGAUACUUCUUCCUGUUUUCGCCCAUCCUCGGCAGAUGAAGAGGUAGUACAGGGCGACUGCAGGUCCACCUCGCGGCCUUUAUUCAGCAGAAGUGAUCUUUUGGUUGCGCGUUUGGCGAUUCUCCUGCAUGACGUUGACGACCACAAAUACGCAAAACCGCCGGGGGACGAGAGUGGGAAACCUUCUUCCUCUUUCGCAGCGAAGAUUUUCGCAGAGACAAGGUGUUGGGAAGAAGUAAACGUCGACGAUGGAAUAUUAGAAGCAAAAACUUUCCUUACCCCUGAGAUCAUCGACCGCGUCACGUUCCUGAUUCAGCAUGUGUCCUAUUCAAAAGAGCAGAAAUUUGUGCGCGCGCACGGGAAAGAGGCUUUCACCGAGCAGGUUCACGCCAAGGAAUGCAUGCUAAAGUACGUGCAGGACGCGGACCGCAUCGAUGCGCUCGGGGCGUUGGGCAUCGCGCGGUGUUUCGCCUAUGGUGGCAGCCAAGCUCGACCGCUCUACUCCGAGGAAAGCCUAUUUCAGCUGGAGGAAGGGUAAAAAUGCUGGUGUUUCCUGCUGCUCAUGCUCAAGUGUUGGCAUACGCAGGAAUGAUGGACAUGGCUUGUUCGAAAGUGCUGCAUAUCCAAAUCGUGAUCUUCCAUACUAGGGGCAUUCUAUGGAACAUUCCUUUAUCGCCGCCCUGGCCCUCCUCGGAACCUGCUCCGUAGAUUAGGUUGUGCUGCUUGAUAAUGUUGUGAAAAUACUUAUCUUUGUGACAUCGAGGAGGAGGAGUAAACUGACUCGUGCUGUAUGAUCCUGAAAAUCCAUUCAUUCAAACAUCAUAUCGCAGCUGUGACAGCCCCGGAGAAGUUCCCGAAAGCGUCCGGUCGCAAGCGGAUCGUCUCGAGGACGGGGUCGCACAUUUUUACGAAAAGCUGUUUUUUCUGAAAGAGCGCCUGAGCACGGAGUCAGCUCGGGAAAUGGCAGAGCAGCGGCACAGAUAUAUGGUGCAAUUCCUGGAGCAGAUGCGAGAAGAGGCGGCGGGAAGGCGAUGA